AGCACGACUACUCGGUAGUUGUUGAGUACAACAAGUACAAACCACUUUGCGCCCAUAAAAUCCUUUACGACGAACUGUCCUUUGGUCAUUUUCAUAUUUCCUGCUGUCGUUCUCCAAAAUUCGUUUCACCAUCAUUUGUACUUAGAUUUUCUUCACAUUUUUAACACUUGUUUACAAAAAUGUAGAGCAAUUCUAUCUGUUGAAUCAGAAUAAGAGAAAAACCAUGAUGACCUAACCACAUCUGAUGUUUUUGCUUGCCUUCCGACUGGCCACCUGUUGUGCUGCGCGACUGCCAUUGUCCUGAUCAGCGUCCCUAACUGGCGUUUUCUUUGAUUGUUGCCACUACGACUACUAGUAGUCAUCCCCUUCCUGGUGUGCGGUAACCUUGGAUUCUCUUAGAGUCUAAGAGCAAAUAAACUACUCAUAGUUGUACCCGUUCCUCAUGGGUGAAGAUCAGUCGUGACCUCCACCUCUACAUACUGAAGACAUCCAUACCAUCGUCCAAAAUAUAUCAAGAUAGUCAAAACUAGUACUCAACAUCUUCAAGCCAAUUAGCUAAUACAAGAACCAACCACGACCCUUACAACUUUCACCUAGAAGUAUUGCACUUACAACUGUUCAACAGACAAGAUGAUGAACAACAACUGCGGCUAUUACGGGAAUAAGUCGAGGCCUGGAUAUGCUCAUUCGCAUUCAGGGAGCAGCCUGCCUCAAACCCAGCAGCCUUCAUCAGGGGGCUACGGACACCAGUCUUCCAGCUACGGUUCUCAGUCGACUGAGCAGCCGAGACAGCUGGAAAGGUACCUACAUCUUCAAGGUGAAGGUUAUUUAGAAUUUUUCAAUAAACCACUGCGUAACGUGCUACUCCCACAUCGAGUUGUUGAAGGGUUUCUCAUUAUCUGCUGAAAAUAAUGUGCCUGGUCUUUUCUUGUUCUUGUUGAUGUAAUUUGGGUGACCCUAAUUUUUUUACCCUAAUUUUUUUUUGAAUUACUCUGUACCAGGAAACUCGACUAUCUCGCUUCGCAAACAAAGAAGGUGCCGUCAAGGAGGAACUCUCUUAGCCGCGACAGCGAUACCUAUGUACCACUACCACUAUAAUUUUCUCAUCAUGAUUGUAGUUUUCCAAUUUUUCUUCGUACAUGGCCAUAGGCGUUAUAGAACCAGCUUCUAGAUUGUCCUUGUCGACGAGAAAGUAUGUCGAGUAGCUCUGAAUUGAUAUGGAAAUCGAGAAAUAGUGUUUCAAGUUCAACCGCUGAGGUGUUUUCUCUUAUACAGUACUCUCACGUCAUCUUCGUCUGCCUCCACCUCAGGACAUGCACGCCUCAAGCGGGUCACGAUUUGUGCAGACGACUAUGAUCGAUAGCGUAACCGCUAUACCAGACGACCUCUAUCGGCGGAUGGAAAGCGAGGCAAACAUCGACAGAGGUGUACACGUACCGAAGAAAAAGAAUUACGAGAUGAAUGCUGUCGAUAUUGAUUUCUCUAGUUCGCAGUCUUUGCAACUGCUAACGGUUCAUUAUUAUUUCUGCCGUCCCUCUCCGUUGUUCGAUAGACAUAGAAAAAAGUACCAGUACUAGGAGAAGCUGAAAGGCUGAUGUCGAACUACAAUGACCACUACAAGACAGCUCUAAGACUGCGGACAAUGCGUGCUGCUGCAUACCGGAGUUUACUGA